AUGUUCCACUACAGCGCCUUCUUCGGCGCCGCGGGCGCCGCCUCCAUGGCCAAGCAAAUGGAAGCCAUCCAAAUCUCGAACCGGGCGUCAGCCGCACUAGCCGCAGGUCGGUACGACGAGUCCAUCGCACUGCACAAGCAAGCUCUCGAGCUCAAGCUCCUCGUAAGCCCCGAUCUCAGCGUGAAGACCGGAAUCACAUACAACGGACUAGGCGAAGCUCUGCUCCGCGCGGGCCGUCUCGACGAGGCAGACGAGGCUCUUUCCAAAGCCCUGAAGAUCCGCGAGAAGGAGGGACCCGUCCAGGACAUAGCGUCGACGCGGGAUAACAUGGGGCAGUUGCGGGAAGCGCAGGGGCGGUUCGCGGAGGCGAGGGAGGUGCGGCUUCGUGGCGCGGCGAAGAAGUUGAUUAUGUGCGGUAACUACGAUUGUCCCACCCACGCAAUCUUGGGACUGAACAGGCUGAGCGCUUGUGGCGCUUGUGAAUCGGUCUUUUACUGUUCCAAGGACUGCCAGAAGAGGGACUGGAUUGUGCGACACAAGGUCUUCUGCCAAGCGCACACGGCUGCCUCACAGUCCAACAGCCCACCUGGUACACAGUUGAACUCGCAGUCAAACGACCCAGCUGAGUCGCAGGUUAACUCACAGUCCAGCAACACGCAGCGUUGA